CGGAGGGGACAAAACGCGUUUGUGACGCCUAUUGCCCAGCACGCCUCUUUUCAAAUUCAAGAUGGCGGCGCCCGUGGGGAAGGCAGCAACGACAUUCCCUCAGACUUCGUCCACCGAGAGCAUUUUGUUCUUUAUUUAUAUAAUAUAGAAUAUUUGUAUAUAUAUUCUAUAUUAUAUAUAGCAUAUAAAUAAAUAUAUUUGAAGAAUCAAGAAGCAUUCCAUCCCAGAAUGUGGUCGGGAUGGUUCCAGUGCCGGUGGGUCCUGCAGCCCUGUGUGGUUCAGCAUCUGCGUGCCACUUUUGUCCUUCGUUGCCCUGCUUUUUCCCCGGGGGCUUCCAAGCGCCUCUAUACCCCCCAAGCAGAAAGGAAGCGGUUUUACCAGAAUGUUACAAUCAGCCAAGGUGAAGGAGGCUUUGAAAUCAAUCUGGACCACCGGAAGCUGAAAACCCCGCAGGCCAAGCUCUUCACUGUCCCCAGCGAGACAUUGGCUCUGGCAGUGGCCACUGAAUGGGACUCUCAGCGAGACACCAUCAAACCCUACACCAUGCACCUGACUACUUUGUGCAACACAGCUUUGGACAACCCAUCACAACGAACCAAGGACCAAAUUAUCCGGGCAGCUCUGAAGUUCUUGGAGACAGAUACCAUCUGCUACCGAGUGGAGGAGCCCCCUGCCUUGGUGGAAUUGCAGAAGAACGAAUGGGAUCCUAUCAUCGAGUGGGCCGAGAAAAGGUACAAUGUCGUGAUUGGCUCUUCAACCAGCAUCAUGGGGCCCAGCAUCCCCCAGAGCACCAAGGACAUCUUCAUUAGUCACCUGGCAUCAUAUAACACCUGGGCUCUUCAAGGCAUAGAGUACAUGAUCACUCAGCUGAAGUCCCUUAUUCUCUCAAUGGGCCUCUUGGACAAACACUUGACAGUGGAGCAUGCGGUCCUGCUGUCUCGCCUGGAAGAAGAAUAUCAGAUCCAGCGCUGGGGGAACGUGGAGUGGGCCCACGACUAUGACCUGCAUGAGAUGCGUUCCCGUACAGCCGCUGCCACCCUCUUCGUCCAUCUUUGCACAGAGAGCGCCACCGUCAAGCACAAGCUGCUCCAAGACUGAUGUUCUUCGUGGUCGGACUGAAGAAGAUCCAAAUGGCUAACAGACAAGGAAGGACAUUGCCAUCCUCCUGGGUCUGUCUCAGGACUGAUGGUCUUUUUGGGCUGACCAGGAGAGGUUACAAGAAAUGCUUGAGUUGUGAGGGAGAGCACCGCUCACGCAAUCUGUAUGGAUUUUCACAACAGAAUAAGGAUUUUGGUAGGGACCCUUUUGGGGAGUUCUACACUGGCAUAAUGCCCUGGUGUUGUGUGUCUCCUUUGCUAUGGGAUGCUGCCCAGGGACGCCUCUGCCACUGGUUGGACAUGGCCAAUAAAGGGCCCUUUCCACUGUC